AUGGCCACAACAACGCUCGCAAUCCCGGGCCAGCUCCUCGGCCCAGCCUCCAAGUACAAGCCCGGCCCCGGCGUGCACCUCUACGAAUCGAACCUGUACAGCUCCCUGCUCGGCGCUGUCGAAAUCUCCCAGCCCACCUCCCAGCCCUCCUCCUCUUCAAAUCAGGGGCCGUCAAAACGCAUCACCAGAAUCACCCAAAACCUGCCUUCGCGGGCGGGAGGAGGAGCUGCGGCGCCAUCGGCGCUUCCCACAAUAUCGGUGUCGCGCGGCGCCGGCGGGUCAGUGGCGGGAGGGGCCAAGAAACAGCAGCGCGAGGUCCUCCCGCAGGUGGGAAACACGGUGCUGUGCCGCGUGACGCGCAUCACGCCGCGUCAGGCCGUCGUCGCCAUCCUGGUGUGCGGCGACACGGUCCUCGGCGCAGAGUGGCAGGGCGUCAUCCGCGUGCAGGACGUGCGCGCCACCGAGAAGGACCGCGUCAAGGUCUACGAGAGCUUUAGGCCCGGUGAUAUCGUGCGCGCGUCGGUGAUAUCCCUUGGUGACCAGGCAAAUUACUACCUGUCCACUGCGAGCAAUGAGCUCGGCGUUAUCAUGGCUGUCAGCGAGGCCGGCAAUGCCAUGUACCCAGUCACGUGGAAGGAGUACAAGGACCCCGAGACCGGGCUGAGCGAGAGCCGCAAGGUCGCGAAGCCGUUCUAA